AGGGGGAAUCUAAGGUGAUAUCGUGGUUCCCUGUUGGUUGGAGUCAGGCAUCAUUAUCAUCUUCCAUUGUGGAACUCUCUGUACCAGCUACCACGAUCUUGGCUUCGAAGUUUGCCUUUUCCAGCCACGCGACUGUCUUUUGGAGCUCAGAUAGACUCCCCUGAUUUGUGAGGUCUCCCGCGUGAAUCAAGACAUCUCCGGCUGGUAGCUUCGGUGUUUGAUUGUGGGUGUCGGAGAUGCAGACGAACCUCGUCUUGCGAUAGACCGGCCGGGUGCUGGGGUAGGAUGUCAUGGUGUUGCCAUUGUAGUCUUCAUAUUUUUGGCGCUCUCAAAAGACGAGGCGGAGCGACUGAAAGGGUUCUGCAUGGCAGCGAUGAGUCGAGAGUCGAACAACAAUGACUGGAAAGCUGGAGGCUGCAGUCACACUUUCCACUACUACUUGGACCUGUAUGCGCUAGUCUAUAUCAGGCAACCAGCCUCCAUAUCACUAUCACAAGCUGUCAUCAAAUACUUUGUAUCUCGCAUGUUUAGUGAUAAUAGUUGCAAUGGAAAGCAGACCAGAAGGCCUCGAGUAUCUCAGACUCAAUCCUAUACAUCAACAACAAGGUCUGCGACCCGGCCAAAGUACCGAAACGCUAGCCGCUUACAGUCCAGAUCCAUCUCGGACUUAUUACACGACGUCGAGACAUACUGUAUCAUAUGCCAAGAUGAAGGAUGCCGCAGAAUAUCCCUGUUGUCUCAAAAGUUGAAUAGCCGUGGGCUGACCGAGGGCAGCAUGAUCGUGCCACGGCCCACCACCAUGCCGCCCCCGCCUGGAUCAAACCAAAGUUACAAUUCGUUCUAUAAUCUGGUCAAUUACUUGUCUUCAGUCUCCAUAUCAUCAAAUCCAUACUCAAAUCCAUCUCACAUCCCACCGUAGUAUCCGUCUGAAGCAUUGACAGCGAUGGCUGCCCUUUACAAAGCUUCACUUGUCGCCUUGGCCGGCAUUGGCGCGUACACGCUCCACGCCCUCUCCAGCCAGAACGGCAUGUACGAGAUGAUCAAAUCGGUCGGCGAGAGACACCUGUUGA